GUCUUCAAAUCGACUUGCUACAACGAGGAUGUAUGUACUUAAUUGCUCUAGAUAUGAACUAAAAAAAAUAAGUUGAUAUACCUAGUACAUACUUUUUUAAUUUGUUGUUAUAUUGUAUUUGUUAAAAAGUGUAAUGGAAUUGAUUUCAAAGGACAAUUUGGAACAUAUUAAUAAUAAUUACUGGGAGACUUACCCAUACAUUAGGGUAUCUACUCCAAUAUUGAAAAGAAAAGUGAAACUAGUGGAUACUGAUUCACAAUAUAUAAAAUUUUGCGAACAUCUACACGAACCUCCUAUAAAAACAAUCGUAAGAGGCCUUCAGGCCCAUAAAUCAGAUCUAACAGCAGGUCAUAUAAUUUUAAAUAGGCAGAAAUCAAAAAUAAACUCGGAAGAAAACGAAAUAAAAAAAUCCUAUGAAGAUAAUAAUUCAAUAAACAUUUAUUUAAAAUCUGAUGUAGUUGAAAUUAUUAUCAAUCCCACCGCCAAUAGUACUGAAAAGGAGACCGUUAGUAUUCACGAAAAGUUAAAAGACAUGAUACAAGGUGAGAUAUUUGCAAAUAGAUCAAAAUAUUCAAGAAAAUGGAGGAAAAUUAUUGACAACAGCAAAAGUAAAUGGCUGAGAAUCUUGGAUAUUUUUAGAAAAGAAAAAUCAGUAUCCACUUUGGUGCAGUACCAAAACAAAGGAAGAUAUUUCAAAUACGCCGACGAAAUUUGUUUUUGAAUAGAUGAACUGAUUGAAAAGUGGCGUAGAAAAAUUGUGCUGGACGUGAUUUAUCUACUAUUUAUUCUAUCUACUUGAACGAAUACUUAGGGAAAAUGUUAUUCAUCCCACUGUUUUAAAAAUGAGCAAUCAACAUUUCUGAGAUGGUGAUUAAGAUCAAAUGUAAUUUUAUUGCAAAGUAGUUGUUUUUUAAAAGUAGACAAAAUUCAAUGUGAACUUUUGUUCAAUAAAAACUUUAUUUAUU